UCACAUCACCCGAAGCAGUGUGUGUGUGACUCUGCUGCUCAUCUGGAUCACAGCUGCAUUCUGGGCCGGAGCGCCUCUGAUGGGCUGGGCCAGCUACAAAGACCGGGGGUACGGGACCUGUGAGAUUGACUGGGCCAGGGCCAGCUACGCCCCGUCCUACCGCGCCUACAUCAUCUCCAUCUUCAGCAGCUGCUUCUUCCUGCCGGUGCUCGUCAUGCUCUUCUGCUACGUCUCCAUCAUCAACACGGUGAAGAGGGGCAACGCCCUGGCCGGGGGGGAGCUGUCCGACCGCCAGAGGAGGGUGGAGAGGGAUGUCACCAUCGUUUCCAUAGUGAUCUGCACGGCUUUCAUCCUGGCAUGGUCCCCGUACGCGGUGGUAUCCAUCUGGUCGGCGUGGGGCUACCAGGUUCCCAACCUCACCAGCAUCUUCACGCGCCUCUUCGCCAAGUCCGCCAGCUUCUACAACCCGCUCAUCUACUUCGGCCUCAACUCCAAGUUCCGUAAGGACGUGGUGGUGCUACUGCCGUGCACGCCUGACGCCAAGGAUGCCGUGCGCCUGAAGCGUUUCAGACCCCAAGCCGACGCCCGACUCCGGGUCCAGCUGAACCGCCCCGAGAAGAAGUACUCACCCGGCAACAACCCAUACCCGGCGCCGAGCCCCCCCACAACGCCGCCGCCAGCCAACAAGGAAGUCUUCUACAAUCCCACACCCCACCCACUGGAGAGCAACGCCGCCAAAAAGGAAGUCUUCUACAAUCCCACACCCCACCCACUGCAGAGCAACGCCAGGGAGGUCUUCUACAAGACCAUACUCCACCCACUGGAGAGCAACGCAGCCAACAAGGAAGUCUUCUACAAGACCACACCCCACCCACUGGAGAGCAACGCAGCCAACAAGGAAGUCUUCUACAAGACCACACCCCACCCACUGGAGAGCAACGCUGCCAACAGGGAAGUCUUCUACAUUAACAUGCCCCCCCCCUUGGAGAGCAACGCCGACUUUGAGUGUGACAGACUCUGAGAUCCCAGCAGGCAGAAAGAUGUUUUUAUAUUUAUUAUUUCUAUUUAAGUAGAGACGACGUCGCGUUGGUGGUUGAACGUAGAACAGACAAAGAAGAUAAAUAAUAUAAAUGUUUUGAUUUAUAUUCACUGUACCGGAAACAGCUGAUUACUGACAUUAAGACUAUUAUCUUUUUCUAUUACUUUAUUUCUAAGAGUUGGUCUGUUAAAAACGUAUUAUAAACUUAUUAUUAAUAUAUUAUAUAUUAAGGGUUAUCUUGAUAAAUUACGGAAAUGUGAACUUUGGAUAAACGAUUAACUUCCUGUUAGAGUCAAGGGUUUAACAGAAAACACAUAUUAAAACGAUCAGUUCUCUCCAUGUUUUAACGAAUCAAAUGUUUCUUAAAGGCGCAGUACGUAAAGAAACUGUUGUAUCUUCUGAAACUACAUGAAGCAGGUCGGCUC